GAAGCAUAUCAACGAAAAUUUUAUCCUCAUCUUUGGUAUUAUGACACAUGCCAUCAACAAGCUUCAUGUCCUUUUCAACAGCGUUGUGAAUAUUUUAAGCUUCUUCAAUCUGUUGAUAAAUCUCUUCCAAAGAAUGAAUGGUUGUUGAAUAUGAAUAAAAAAGAAUCUUUAAUGAAAAUUAAGAAAAAAUUUCGUACUUUAAAGUUGAAAUAUGAGAUUUAUCUUUGGGUAAAGAAUUUCAAUGAUACUUCUUCAACAAUCUAUAAACAAGAAUGUGAAUUACUUCGAAAUUUCAAACAA